AUGGAGGAGCAGGAAAGAUACACGCUAGAGGCUCACCAGACCUUCCCGCUGUCUGAGCUCAACGUGUCCCCAGAACGUUCUGGGGCUGACUCAGGGCAGGAGAACGGAGUUCGCUUCCCUGACAUUUCCUGCUCUGGAUUAGCCCGGAGGUUCUCUGGGGACUUCGAGGGCACGGUGGGAGCCCACGUGGAAGAAGACAAGGGCGGGUUCCCUCUGCCCCCACCAGGGCCCUGUGACCACCGCUGCCCAGAGUGUGCCCAAGCCGGCCCUGCUCUCUGUGGGGUUAUGGAGAGGAAGAACUUGGGGUGCUGUGAAGCCCCGAAGAAGCUGGGCCUGUCCUUCUCCAUCGAGGAGAUCUUAAAGAGGCCUGAUGAGAGGAGCCAUGUGGUCGGGCCGGAAGGGGCAGGUGGAGGGGGCACCAGGCAAGCAGGAGCUGCGGGCUUCAGGCUGGAGAGGGCCCCAGAGGACCAGCCCCAGGGGGAGAGGAAGAGCAAGCGGAGAGUCCGAACCACCUUCACCACAGAGCAGCUGCAGGAGCUGGAGAAGAUCUUCCACUUCACCCACUACCCGGACGUCCACAUCCGCAACCAGCUGGCAGCCAGGAUCAACCUCCCAGAAGCUCGUGUGCAGAUCUGGUUCCAGAACCAGCGAGCCAAGUGGCGGAAGCAGGAGAAGAUCAGCAGCCUGGGGGCUCCGCAGAAGCUGAGUGAGGCCAACAUGGCCCCGGUCACAAAUCUGGAUGUGGCUGGCCCCCUGCUGCCGCCCCCUGCGCUGCCCACGCUGGCUCCUCCCGUGGGGUGUUAUCCUCCCGCUCAAGGUCAGCUGGCCUCUGCCUGGUUCCCUGCCCGGGUCACCCUCCUGCCACACCACCCAUGGGACCCCCGUCCUCUCGCGAGCCCACUCAUCCAACAGACCUGCAUCCUGGUACUCCGAUUCCUUCCACCGCCACACCCCAAGUGGGGCAGCAUCUGUGCCACUUCAACAUAG